AUCAUAGGCUGCAGGCGACAACUGGCUGGGCUUGAGACCUUGGGAAACCUCUAUUGACAGAUUUCUUCACUCGUUACAUCCUCGUUCUUGGAUAUCCGGUGCCUGUUCAAGAAUCCCCCGGGGCCACAUCAUCAUGUCCUCCGAAGCGAUGCGUCCCAGGGGCAGACCUGCCCAUACUCCGGGGACAACAGUACUAGCCUAUACUCCAGAUGGCCAGCGGGUAGUCACUGGCGGUUCGAAUUCCGCAAUUCGCAUCUAUACGGUGGGACAGGAUGGCGAGCCAAAGACGAUUGACGAGGGCGUCGAUGGGCAUCUGGGUAUCGGUGCUACUAAUGAAUAUUUCAUCAUGGGCGCAGAAGACGGCACGGUCUGGCAAUACGAGAUCGAUUCAGGCAGGAUGGUGAAGCUUUUGGUACGAUGCAUGCUUCCUAUACGAGAUAUUGCAAUCUCGAAAGAUGGUGAAUGGGCUGCUGUAGCGAGCGAUGAGCUUACAGUGAAGAUCGUCAACAUUGAGGAUAUGACCAAAGUUAAAUAUCUGCGGGAGCAGUCGAAAGGCGCCAAGCACGUCACCUUUGACCCGAGCGGCCGAUACGUCACGGUCUCUUGCACGGACGGCCUCCUUUAUAUCUACUCGACACUUUCGGACGAGCCCGAAUUGGUGCAGAAGCUGGACGGAGUGAUUAGACGACUUGAACCGGAGGCUGAAGCUACAUCGCGGAUUGUCUGGCAUCCUGAUGGAACGGCUUUUGCGUCUGCCGAAGCGACCCGAGAUAUUGCCAUCUUCUCUACGGGCCAGUGGAAGAAGGAAAAGGUGUUUGCUGGGGGUCAUAGCGGACAGGUCACAGCGCUCAAUUGGUCGCCAAAUGGUGCGCUUUUUGCCACUGCUGGUGAGGAUGGUCAGAUCUUGCUAUGGGAGACAAAGACGCAGAAGAUCCUACAACGCUACGAAUUCGCUAAUGUGAUAAACCUCGCUUGGCAUCCGACGAAGAAUUCGGUCUCGUUCACAACGUCUGAUGGAGAGCUCUUUAUCUACGAUGAUUUCGUUUCCAAGGAGCAUCAGCCGCUGCUGCAGAAGCCACUCCAGGCUGCGCCAAUCUUUUCUGGAGCCUUGACAGAAAUCUCCGAUAACGUGAGGCGGCCACUGGCGAACCGACCGAAGGAAACCGUUGAACGGAGGGAAAGAGCCGGCAGUCUAGACUCUCUUGAUGAUAUCCUGAAUGGCGAUAUUGGUAUGGAUGAUUUUGUCGAGGAUGAUGAUGGAGCUGGCUACGCGGAGGAUAUCAAUGGGUUCGGCAAGCGUGCAGGCUCACACAUCGAUGAAAUUGAUGGCCAUACCGACAAGCGAGUUCUGACCUCUUUUGCGAAGCCGAAGAUCCACCCCCCUCUCCAACCAGGAAGCACACCUUGGCGUGGCAACAGACGCUACCUUUGCCUGAACCUUACUGGUUGCGUCUGGACCGUCGACCAGGAAACCCAUAACACCAUUACAGUGGAAUUUUAUGAUCGUGAGCUUCACCGUGAUUUCCACUUCACAGAUCCAUACCUUUACGACCGAGCUUGUCUUAAUGACAACGGAACUCUGUUCUCUAAUAAUCCUACGGACGGCAGUCCGGCGACGAUCUUCUAUCGUCCCCAUGAGACAUGGACAACCCGGGCAGACUGGCGAACGCAGUUGCCUAAGGGCGAAUUUAUCAGAGCGCUGGCGCUCAGUGAUUCCUACAUCGUAGCUGUAACGACCAAGGACUACGUCCGUGUAUACACAUUGUUCGGUACUCCUUUCAAGGUGUACCGACAGAAGAGCCCAGCUGUCACUUGUGCUGCAUGGCGCGACUACAUUAUGACCGUGGGCAAUGGCCCAUUGGGCAGCGAUGGCCGCACAGCAACGCUACGAUAUUCGGUAGAGAAUGUGAAGCGGGACGAGAUUUGCCAGAACGAGGACGUUGUCGCCCUUCCCGAAGGGACCGAGUUGCGGACCGUCUUCUUUUCUGAUAGUGGAGACCCAUGCAUCUACGACUCCGAAGGUGUUCUGCUUGUCCUUCAGCACUGGCGUAACAACGGUCAAGCUCGGUGGGUCCCCCUGCUGGACACCAAGCAGCUGGAAAGAUUAGCAAGCGGACGGAAAGAGGAAACUUACUGGCCGGUUGCUGUGGCUCAGGACAAGUUUCACUGCAUUAUCCUCAAGGGAGGGGAUAAGUACCCGUACUUUCCCCGGCCGCUGCUGAGCGAAUUCGACUUUCGCAUUCCAAUCUCCGACACACCAGGCAAGGUAACCGAAGACGACGAGGAAGGUGGCUCGAGCCGACAUGACGGAGCUCGAUUUGAGGAGGCCUUUGUCCGAGGAAGCAUCUUGCUGUCACUAUUCGAAGACCUUGUGUCAACCACCAACGCUACGGCAGGUCAGCGCGCUGAGCUGGCUCGGAAGGAGGUUGAAGUGGAUAAGAUUCUGCUACAACUUCUCGCGGUGGAAUGCCGCGAGGGUGAGGAGAGAGGUAUGAAGGCAUUAGAACUUGUGCAGAUGAUGAGGGACCGCAACGGCAAAAUGGUUGAGGCAGCUGUCAAGGUGGCCGAACGGUAUGGCCGGGGCGUCCUGGAAGACAAAAUCCGAGAGCUAGCCGAGAAACGGUAUCUUGGGGAGGAUGAUGAUAGAUUUUAGGUGUGGGCCAUGGCCCGUUUGAUGUGUAUGACUGCCAC